UUAAACCUCUCUGGUAAAGAAGAUCAGAUCCUCUAUCAAAUGAAAGGAACUUGGAAGGGGAAAUGCCAUCCGUGUGAUAUAUCACCCAAAGAAAAACUGAGCAACUUGCCAUUAUUUUAGAGACAGCACGAAAAGAACACCACAGAAGUGGGGCCUCAUCCUUUGAUUUUUAACACAAGAGAAAAGGAGGAUCGUGCUUCAACAAGUUGCAAAAAUAAAUCCACGAUCUUUGACGUUCAGGAGUUUGGAUACUUCAGUACACCAUCCAGCCUCUCCUCGGUGUGUUUCGCAAACAUCACGGGAGAACCCUCUGUGUGGGGCAACUCAGCUGUCUUCUGCCCCCGCCUGGCGCGUGCUGGGAGGUGCCCAGGUCUCACUUGGCUUGAAAUUGUUUGCUUUCAUUUUCCAUGGGUCACACACUGAAGUGGGGAGCCCCACCACCCAAACGCCCAUACCUCAGGAUCCUUCAGCUCUUGCUGCUGGCGGGCCUUUUUUGCUUCUCUUUAGGCAUCAUCCAGGUAACCAAGACCGUGAGAGAAAUAGCAAUCCUAUCCUGCGAGUACAACAUCUCCACUGACGAACUGACGAGCGUUCGCAUCUACUGGCAAAAGGAUCGAGAAAUGGUGCUGGCUGUCAUGUCUGGAAAAGUGCAAGUGUGGCCCAAAUAUGAGAACCGCACCUUCACCGACAUCACCAAUAACCUCUCCAUUGUGAUCCUGGCUCUGCGCCUGUCAGACAAUGGCACAUAUACCUGUGUCAUUCAGAAGAGCGAAAGGGGGUCUUUCAGACUGGAACACCUGACUUCCGUGAUGUUAUUGGUCAGAGCCAACUUUCCUGUCCCUACCAUAGCUGAAGUUGGAAAUCCAUCUCUUAACAUCAAGAGGAUAAAUUGUUCAACCUCUGGAGGUUUUCCAGAGCCUCACCUCUCCUGGUUGGAAAACGGAACAGAAGUAAAUGCCAUCAACACAACGGUUUUCCAAGAUCCUGAAACCGAGCUCUACACUAUCAGCAGUGAACUGGACUUCAACAUGACCAACAACCACAGCUUUGUGUGUCUCGUCAAGUAUGGGGACUUAACAGUCUCACAGACCUUCAAGUGGCAGAUACAACCCAAACUAGACGACUCUCCUACUAACCAGUCCCCGCUCCUGACCAUUAUCAUCACGGUCUCACUCAUUGGGACUUUUGUGAUCGCUGCAGUCAUAUGGCAAAGACUCCAGGCCUGCAGACCUGCUCCAAGAAGGAGGGAGAGGAGUAAUGAGGGUAACAUGGAAAUGGAAUGGCUCUCCUCUAACUCCAGAGGAUCUGCAAAAGCAUCAGGCUGAGUGGAACACCUGGAGAUCCAACGUCCAUCUGAGAUUCUUCUUCUUGGAACUUCGUCAAAUGGCCAGGAUCAUCCCACCUUGCCCUUCAUGUAUCUGUUCUCUAGAAGCCUCUUCACUUCAGUGGAUUUGCAGAAAGUGACUAGAGGAAUAUGCUGGGCACAGAAGUAGCUCUGGUGACCUUGAUCAAGGAAUUUGGAAACAGAAUUCUUUAGACCUGGAAGAGACAUUAGAGAAUACUAGUCUCAUUAAUGAUAAGGAUAUCAAGGCCCUGGAAGGUGACCUGCAUUGUAAAGGCCAAAGUCAGUACCCAGAUUUCCUGGCUCUGGUGCUUUUUUUCCUCCAUCAGUCUAGCCCUGUACUAUUAACUGGGGUACAUAUGUGUAUAUAUACACAUCAGUCAAAGUGCUUCUGGAAACAGAAUUUUCCAACAUCAGGUCAACUUCAGAUACUUGAUCUGAUGCAAUACGGGAGAAAGAUUUUAUGUUGUUGUUGUGUUUUGUUUAUGUUGUUGAAAGCAAUCCAAUGUUACUGUGUGGCAAGUAUGUUCGUAUGUAUACCUAUAUGAAGACAAUGGAACUAUUAUUGGUGUUUAGCCAGUAUUUCAGUUUUCAUUGUGGUCUCUGUUGCUCUCCCAACUUCUCCAUCAGGUUCAGGAGAAAGUAGAACUAUGUGAGACUCAUUUCCUCUGACAUGUGAGACAAACGACUCACGCACCUCAAAGCAGUAGGCAGGUUGGAGAGAGAGAGUUUGGUUUAAACAGUCACAUUCUACUGGUUCAUAUUGGACUGAUAAUCUCCCUAAGUGGUUUUAUGCUAGUUUAACCUUAUUUGUAAAACAUUUAUGAGAAAGUUCUCAUUUAAGAUAAGAUACGUUUUUAUUGUGUAGAUACUAAAGAGUAAGCUGUCUUCAGAAGAAACUGAUUGAGGUAAUGAAAACAGCAUUCUGUAGGGCUUCCUUAGAUCCCUACAGUGGCUUUUCUUCCUUGGUAUUUCUGGAUCCUUCUGACAUUAGCAGAGAAUUGAAAACAAAGAAGUGACCCACUGCUGUUUCUCUGUUACUUACUCUUUCUCUGAAACUUCCUUCCACACUCACUGGCCCAGGAGUGGACCUAAGGUAAGCUGGGGUGAUCAGACAUUCUCAUCUGAAAAUUUGGAGUUGGACAGCAAAAGUUGACCAAGUUUCUCCAAUGUGGCUGGAUUUAAAACAUCUAAUUUUGGUAGCUAUAAAAGGACCAGAUUAUGCUAUAUAGUCUAAGAACAGAAGUACACUUUUAAAUGGUGUACCAGAACAAAAUCACUGAAAAUAAAGGUAGCAGACUGACAAGAACUUAAAGCAAAGAAACAAACAACAAAAAACACAGGAAUUACUGCAUUUAGUUAAGAUUUAUAAUCCUCAGACAUGAUCAAAAGGAGACAUCAAGAAGUAAUUAGCCACAAAAUAGGGUAAACCUAACAGACAGCUUAUUUAUACUUUACAUAAGUAUAUUAAGUUAUUGCUUAUUACAUUUAAUAAAUGUGUCAGCACUGUUUUUUCAAAGAAUUUUAUUUUACUUUUAUUGUUCUGAUAUUUGUGUGAUAUGAAUAAAAUUAUUUUUAAAACGAAC